AGUCCGGAGAGGCGCGUGGUUGAUUGGGGACAGAGCAUCGCAGCGUGAGCGCGCUCAUCCAGCACCUCUAGGGCUCGCGGACAGUUGACAGGACCGACAGCAAAGGGAAGGCUCGCACACGCUUUUUAAUCACUGCUUUUUUCUUUCUGUAAUUAACCAACCGUUAGGGAACUGAAGGUAAACUGACGACGUCACAUCGCUCUGUAUUACCGGGAGGAACAUGUCAACGUUCGGCUCCAUCAUUCCACGGAUACAUCGGGGUAAAGUUUUUCCCUUUGCUGUGAUAGAGUUUGGUUAUUCAAGUUAAGGCUUUCUAAAUGAAAAACGCCCCAAUAUUGGACCGAUUAAAUAAUCCAGUAACAAUCAAAGGACUGCAUGGGAGAAACCUUAGAGGACCACUACAAACAACGGGCAGUGUGUUAAACAAGACGGUCCAAAAGCAAAGGGAUACAAAACAGACAAUCGACAUCUCAGUAAAGAAAACGGAAAAACCAGCAGACUCUUUCCUUGAAUUCCGACCAAAGCCGAAUGCUUUUACUGAACGUGUCAAAAAGGGAGGUUAACACAUAAGCAAAGAUGAACCCUUAUGUCACUUCACACUUCAGGAGGGAUCUCUUUCCCCAUUUCCAUUUGUUGUAGAUUUUUGUCUAACCUACCGUUACUGGUUGAAUUAAAUAGCAUUGGCCAUAUUUGUGCAGCUAUAGUAGUAGCUCAUGUCUAUCAUUUUCAGUUUCUUUGUACUCACCACAGUGCAGGAUUAUGGUUGAGGGUUUGAUUCCGUGUACUGUUUCAAAGGAGAUGUGGAUACUCUGUACACUUGUCAGGAUUCAGUAGAAGAGUUCUCCAGAAAUGAUUGGGCAAGGUAAAUUCUAACUCUACAAGAUUUUCAUUUCCAGAUAUAGUUGCACGAUUCUCUUUUGCUUUAUUUAAGCCUUUGUCAGUUUUUAAGAAUUAUUUCUAUAUACUAACUUUGAACGCUUUUUAGAUGAGAUGCACUUCAAAGUAUCUCAUGAAUUAUUUUUUCAUUACAUCUACAUGUAUUCAUUUUGCAUUUUGUUUGUGGAAACGCUCUGAUAUUCAGGUAGCCCUUUGUGAUCUGGUUCAAACUGAGAUGAUGAGUGAUAGACUACAAUCCACAAACCCAGUUAUGCUCUCAGCCACUUUAGUUCUCAGCCCUUCUCAGCUCUUCUCCUUCUGUGGCAGACACCUGAUCUAUCUACUUUGGCGCCCGACCUCCAGAAAAUUAUAGAACACUUCCUCAGGUGACCUGUGUACUUACCUUUUCCCUACAUAUAAAUCUUCCACUCAAAGUUAAAAAUACAAGUGGCGUUGGAGAUAGAUCAAAGUAAACUCUGCUGUUUUCUUCCCUUCUUAUCUUUUGUCAGGCAUAGGCGAUUUAUCAGCCGUAAUGCUGAGCUGUAAUGAGGUAUGUCUGCUCUGAGAGACUAACUGUUGCAUGUGACUGGUAACAGCCAUGUAGUUCAGGUCAAUAUUAUUCACACAACAGUCAGUAAAACAAGUCUUCACCAAAUUGACAAUGGCUGCUAAACAGAUGUGCAGAGCCUUAGACAGAAAAUGUGAAAUUGUUAAAGCAGUGACAUGAUUGAACAGGAAAUGGAAAAUAAAGCAUGGUUCUUUCAGUUGGGACCCUUGUGUUGGGCAAAGGUAACAUUUCCUUGACAACUACUAUUUAACACUUAACUGUGUGUACUAUAUUCAGUGCUUUAUCAAAGACAUUUUUGCACUGAAUUAUGAAAGAUGAAUGAUGACUGUUGGCAUUUGAUGAACUGAAACUACUGUACUCUUUGUUUCCACAUGCCCAUACCAAGGGGUUGUGACACUGGAAAGAUCUUUGAUUGUAAGAAUUGGCAUGUUUUUUUUUCUUUUUUUGAUUGCAUGUUGGAAAUGUUUUUAUCAUAUUGUCCCAUUUUAUGUUUAAGUCUUGUCACAAUAUUGUAAAAGGUACAGUACCCUGUUACGAGCUGUACAUCCUUUACAUGUUACCAUCUACAUCCUCCUACUCCAUUGCAUUACCAGUUUAUAGCUUUCAUCCAUUGAUGCCUGCUUAAGGCUUCCCUUGUAUUUGUUUGGAACUGAACAGAACCAAUCCUGCAUGCUUUCGUGAUGUCUGAGGUCCAACCAGCCCUGUCACUCCUUGUCAAAAGACUUCUUGCAAACUAGGGUCACAGAAAUAUACUCCUUGAGCUGUUGCUGACAUCCUUGUUUUCAGCUCACUCACCUCACUCAGUGAGUAUGACUUUUAUGGACAUUGGUUGUUAAUGAGUGCACUUGAGGACCUACUUUAAGUAAGCCCAAUUUGUUUGCUGAGGGAUUUAUCACUGAAAAGAUAGACUCUACUGGGAAACAUCAUUACAAGUUGGGGAAAGUAAGUGACUGAUCAAUGGCCUUCGAGGGAAUAAUCCUCUGGUUACUAUUUGCCACAAUGGACUUUAUCUCUUCAAUAAGGACUGAAAGACUGACUAUGUUGUCAGCAUCAAACAUUUAAUUGACUGUAUCAAGGUGCUUAAUUGCCUCAUCAACAUUUGAAUCCAGGCUCACUGAGGAAUACAGCGUUAUUGUGCACCAUAAGAGAGAGGAUACUUUUUGUUUUUUGUUGUUUUGGAUUUUCCGUGAUGGGAGCGGCACGUGUGAAACGUCGUUUCAGUGCUGUGGUAGACGGGCCAGUGGACGAAGAGGAGGUCAUGAGGCUGGCACAGAGUGCUGCUGACACGGCUAGGGCAGGGGGGAGUCCAAUGGGGUCAGGGACCCCAACCAGCCCCUCCCCGACCCAUGCCCUGAACGGCAAAACUCUACCUCUCAAGAGCAACACCAACAAUGCACAGAGGCAGAGUGCCAUUGGAGUUGAGGGAGACGCAGGAGAAGGCGGGGUGAGAGCGGGAGGAAAGUGCUCAGGGCUAAGGAGUGAAAGAGGCAGUAGUGUAGGAGGAAGAGAAAAACGGCGCUCAUCCUCGGACCAGAAUUCACUCUCUUCCCCCUCCACUACCAACCGCCGGCGCACCAGGUGCUCAAGCCGCCGGCCCCGACAACGCUUUGUGGGCAAGGACGGACACUGCAACGUCACCUUCGUCAACAUGAGCGAAAGGGGCCAGCGCUACCUUAACGACCUCUUCACCACCUGUGUGGACAUUCGCUGGCGCUGGAUGCUGAUCAUCUUCACCCUCUCCUUCCUUCUCUCCUGGCUGCUCUUUGGAUUUGCCUUCUGGCUCAUUGCCUCCGUGCAUGGGGACCUCUCCGUUCGGCUUACCCCCAGCUCAGGUUCCUCUCCAGGAUCAGGAGAGGCCGGGUCUGGAGGAGAGUCUGAUAGAGAGGCAGUGGUUGAGGAGCCGUGCUUCCUCCAGGUGAACAGCUUCAUGGCAGCCUUUCUGUUCUCCUUGGAGACGCAGACAUCCAUUGGUUACGGCUUCAGAAGUGUUACCGAAGAAUGUCCCCUGGCGGUGAUGGCGGUCAUUUUGCAGUGCAUUGUGGGCUGCAUUAUUGACGCCUUCAUCAUCGGGGCAGUCAUGGCAAAGAUUGCCAAGCCCAAGAAGCGCAACGAGACACUGGUGUUCUCUGACACAGCUGUGGUGGCGCUGAGGGACGGGAAACUCUGUAUGAUGUGGAGGGUCGGAAACCUUCGCAAGAGCCAUCUGGUAGAGGCACACGUUCGAGCACAGCUACUAAAGCCAAGGGUAACAGAAGAGGGAGAGUUCCUCCCGUUGGACAAUAUGGACAUCAACGUGGGGUUUGACACUGGCACUGACCGCAUCUUCUUGGUCUCGCCAGUGACAAUUGUCCACGAGAUCAACGAAGAGUCACCUUUCUUUGAGAUUGACCGAAAAACCCUGGAGAAUGACUCUGAAUUGGAGGUGGUGGUCAUACUUGAGGGCAUGGUGGAGGCCACAGCUAUGACCACACAGUGCCGUAGCUCCUAUCUGGCUUCUGAAAUCCUCUGGGGACACAGAUUCGAACCAGUGCUCUUCGAGAGGAAAGAUUGCUACCAGGUGGACUACUCAUUCUUCCAUCAGACAUGCGAAAUCCCGAACACACCUUCAUGCAGCGCUAAGGAGCUGGCCGAGCAGAAGUACAUUCACAGCUCCCGCUCGUCAUUUUGCUAUGAGAACGAAGUUGCUCUGCAGCUCGUCUCCCCUGAAGAUGAGCCUGGCCCAGACCCUGAGUGUCCCUCCCCAUCGAUCCGAAGGCAAUCCCUGGCCGAACAUCUUCACUACAAUUGAACCUGUUGGAUAGGAGGCCUUAAGGGAAAAGAGAUAGAAAGUUGACCCAGAGGUUUAGAGGAAGAAUAGGCAAAGAGAGAGGGUUAAACAAGUAGAACUGCAGACCAAGAGAGACCGGAUUUAAAGUCGUUAGGGCGAGUGUCUCGAUAAAGGAUAGGAGGCAACAUUGUUUACAGAUAUUGGACAGGGAAAAAAGUCCAAAAUAGGAGCAAGUCAAGAGCUUCAUUAAAACUUUUACAAGUUUGCAAGAUUUAGAUACGUACUACAGAUUAGAUUGCACAGAGAAAUACAAAGGACAGAUAGAGAGAGGUUUUGGUUCAGUAUUUAGGGAGCCGGGUUACUACACUGGCUUAGUUGUCUGAUUGGACCUGGCAAUCUUUUAGGAUCAUUUAAAACUUGUCUGCUAAGUCUCACAUCUGGCCCGGCACUACCACAACACGCCCAUCUGGCUCUAAUACCUAACUGGAAGAAUAUACAGCAGCACCCCAUGGUGGCUCUACCAUGCAACUGCAUCUCCAGUUUAAUAAUCUGUUUGGGGUGGCUUCCGGAUGAAAUGAAUGGCAGUGUACCUUCUGAGGUACAACUCAGGAAUGUAUUCCACUAUGAUGCUGAAUUAUCAUUUUAAUGUUUUAUUUUUGUAUGGUAAGUAUGGAUAGUGUACAUUUUGCGAUGCUACUACUGAGAAUGUAGUUGAGCAUUAGGCUAGGCUACUUGUAGAACCAAAGCAGAGCAACAGUAGCAUGGAGAAACCGCUGAAAACUAGCAGUGAUUUUGAGCAGUUUCUUUUCCAUGUUACAUUAUGUAUGUUGUUUGUUUUGGGUCUUUAUUAUGUCAUGCAAAAAAAAGUUCACUGAUUGUAACAUUUGUUUUAUUUAAUCAUUUUGUGUUGAGUUGAAUGCCAUUGGGCAAGGUCAGAGUAAGCAUCCUUGUGAGCAUUGUAGGGUUAGAUACACAAUGACAGAUGAUUUGUCUGUGUCCAUGCUAGUUAAAUACUAUACAUUCUUUCUUGCACUACUAUCUACGGUAUCUUCUCAUGUCCUGAAAUCAACCACAGUGUAUGGUUUUGCUUUGUUACAUUUGGAUUGUAGUACUUAGUGGCGGAGCUAUGACAUUAUAAUCUUUUAAGUGUCUUGGCACUUGGAAGACCGUUGAUGAUUCAGACAAAAUCCCAUUUUAAAGGGGUCCCUCUCAUUCGCUCUGUAAACACACAGGAUGCCCAAAGUCCCGUCCAACAUCACUAGAACGUCCGUUACUGAACUGAAUAGGAUAGAUGUGAUGUUGGUGACUGUGGUUUGCUGU